AUGGAUAGCCCCCUCGUGUCCCCCGCAAAGGCGCGCCAAGCAGCCAUCCAAGCCAAAGACUGGGCCUACGUCAACUCCUGGCUCAGUCGCCAGUACGCACCGAAUCCAGUUCCUAGUUUUGAGCGAAAUGAAGAUACUCUGCGGACCCUCCUAGCCCUGGCUGCUGCCAACGAUACUGCGGAUGAGGAGGCCACCGUGCUCCACCAGGCUCGCGAACAGGCGGUUGAGAGCUUCAAGGUCCGAGAGGAGGGUGAGGAGAAGCAAAAGGCAGAGAUUCUGGAUGAGGUGGAGCACAGUCUGGACGACAAUGGCAGACGAAGCCUGGAAGAUUUGGCGGAGACGACGGCGGUGCUUGGAGCCUUGGGCACAGAGACGAAAGACCUGGGCCAGUCAAUCAUCAAUCUUACGAUAGAAGAGUUCAGUAUCAAGGACCAGAUGUCUAAAGUGCAGGCGCUACAUGACUACCUAGAAAGGGAAUUGGCUACGCUGCGAGAACAGCUUCACGACCUCAAGACCAACGAGGCGUUUGAGACCCCUGCCAAUCUCCCCGCGCUAACCGCCGAAUGGACGCGAGAGACCAAAUUACUCACCGCGAAAGUCGGCGAGUAUCAAGAUCGGAUCGCUUCCCUACAGAGAACGAAAACCAAGGGACCUACGCUCGAAGAAGUCAUAGCGGAAGAAGAGGGGGUGACUCGGGUGCUGGAAAGCACCAGAACCCUAGAGAAAAGGGUCAAAGCGUUCCAUGACCUGCCCAAGGACAUACCAGGGGCUCGGGUGCAGUACAAGGAGCUAGAGCAGGAACUUGACAAACUCACGCGGCAACGGGAUGCGAUGUUUGAAAUUCUAGUUGACAAGUGA